CGGAAGGGAGGAGGGCCUGUCUUUCUGUCUAACUGUCUGUCUAUCGGUUUAUCUGUCUGUCUGACGUCAGACUCGCCGGAGAGACAGGCAGAGGUGUAUGCGAUGGGAGCGCGUCACUAACUAGGAAGAACGACUAUACCUUUAAGUACAAAAAAACGAAACAAGAAGCAAUCAUCCGUAUUGCUGGCUCUCUUAGCUUAUUUAUUACUGGACUUACAGGGAAUUCCGAUAUGAUAUUUGUUAAUCUCCUUCUCAUGCUUUGCUGCCUACAAGAUAUUACAGGUCAGUAUGGGAACCCCUUGAACAAAUUUAUUCACCAUUAUGAAGGUUUAUCAUAUGACACAGAAGCCCUACACAACAGUCACCAGAGAGCCAAGAGGGCACUCUCUCCUCAAGACAAGACUGUGCACCUGGACUUUCAUUCUCAUGGCAGGCAUUUUAACUUGCGGAUGAGGAGGGAUACAACUCUAUUUUCUCCAGAUGUGAUCAUCGAGGUAUCAGGAGAGGAGUCACCCAUUGAUACAUCACACAUUUACAGUGGAGAAAUCUUUGGUGAAAAGGGCACACUGACUCAUGGCUCUGUGGUUGACGGGCGAUUUGAAGGCUUCAUUAAGACCCACCAAGGAACAUACUAUGUUGAACCCUCAGAGAGAUACCUUAAGAACAAGAAUGUUCCCUUCCACUCCGUCAUCUAUCAUGAGGAUGACAUCCAUUAUCCUCAUAAGUAUGGCUCAGAAGGCGGCUGUGCUGACCACUCGGUGUUUGAGAGGAUGAGGAAGUACCAGUCAUCUGCAGUAGAAGAGCCAGUCAAAGGUGUAAACAGUGUGUUGGAAGAGGAGAGCUCCCAUGGUCCUGUCAUUUUGAGGAAGAAGAGGGCAGUGGGGAAAGAGAAAAAUACCUGCCAGCUCUUCAUUCAGACUGAUCACCUCUUCCUCAGAUACUAUGGCACAAAAGAGGCUGUCAUUGCCCAGAUCUCCAGCCAUGUAAAGGCCAUCGACUCUGUUUACCAGGCCACAGACUUCAUGGGCAUCCGAAACAUCAGCUUCAUGGUUAAAAGGAUCAGGAUAAACAGUACCGAGGACGAGAAGGACAAGAGCAAUCCUUUUCGAUUUGCCAACAUCGGAGUGGAGAAGUUUUUGGAGCUUAACUCUGAACAGAACCAUGAUGACUACUGCCUGGCCUACGUAUUCACUGACAGAGACUUUGAUGAUGGCGUUCUGGGCUUGGCUUGGGUUGGGGCUCCCUCAGGAAGCUCUGGGGGCAUCUGCGAGAAGAACAAGAUGUACUCUGAUGGGAAGAGGAAGUCUUUGAACACUGGUAUCAUUACUGUGCAGAACUACGCCUCCCAUGUCCCUCCCAAGGUGUCACACAUCACCUUUGCUCAUGAGGUUGGGCACAACUUUGGUUCCCCUCAUGACUCUGGGAUCGAAUGCACCCCUGGAGAGUCUAAGCUUCAGGACAAAAAGGAGAAGGGCAACUACAUCAUGUACUCCAGAGCCACAUCAGGAGACAAGCUCAACAAUAACAAGUUUUCCAUCUGCAGCAUCCGCAACAUAAGCGCUGUUCUGCAGAAGAAGAGGGACGACUGUUUUGUUGAGUCUGGCCAGCCUAUCUGUGGUAAUGGACUAGUGGAAGGUGAAGAACAAUGUGACUGUGGCUACGUCGAUCAGUGUACAGACAACUGCUGCUAUAACGCCAAUGAAGAGGAGGGCAAAAAGUGCAAACUCAAACCUGGCAAAACAUGCAGUCCUAGCCAAGGCCCCUGUUGCACAAAAGAGUGUACUUACAAGGGCAAAACUGACAACUGCAGGCUGGAAUCUGAAUGUGCCCAACAGGGCAGCUGCAAUGGAAAUUCUCCUCAGUGUCCUGCCUCUGCACCAAAGAAAAAUUUCACAUCUUGCAAUGAAGAAACACAAGUCUGCCUCAAUGGGGUAUGCUCUGGUUCCAUAUGUGAGAAGUAUGACCUAGAGGUUUGCACCUGUGCCAGCCAAGACGGCAAGGAUGAGGCAGCUGAACUGUGCCACGUGUGCUGCAUGGAGAAAAUGAAACCCCACACCUGCAGCAGCACAGGCUCAGCGAAAUGGGAGAAAUUAUUCAACAAGACGGUCACAACGCUGCAGCCUGGCUCACCCUGCAAUGACUUUAAGGGCUACUGUGACGUGUUCAUGAGGUGUCGUUUGGUGGACGCAGACGGGCCUCUGGCAAGGCUAAAGAAAGCCAUCUUCAAUGCAGAACUCUAUGCGAACAUUGCAGAGUGGAUAGUUGGUCACUGGUGGGCAGUGCUGUUGAUGGGCAUUGCUCUUAUUAUGCUAAUGGCUGGUUUCAUCAAGAUCUGCAGUGUCCACACCCCCAGCAGCAACCCCAAACUGCCCCCACCAAAGCCACUGCCAGGUACACUGAAAAGAAGACGACAGCAGCAGCAGCAGCAGGCAUACGCACAGUCACAGGGCCAGCACCACCACCGUCAGCAAAGAGAGAACUAUCAAAUGGGACAGAUGAGACGCUGAGACACUGGUCUGCUCUUUGCCUCGGUUCCUCUUAGUGCCUACAAUGGGAGCACUUAACUCCAAAGAGUUACCUUUACCACAUAUUGCAAAAUUCAAAGAACUUGCAACUGAAAUGAUUUCACUGGACAAAGCCUGAUGUGUUUUGGGCCUAACAAACUCACUCAGCACCUCUGCUCUGAGAGCCAGAUGAGCAGUGGUUCACACAGCUUUUAUAGAAAAUAAAUAACUUUUUCAAGGAGGGACGGAAGGAGAAAUUCACUGAUCUUUGUUAUGUGGUCUUAAUCUUUAUUUUUCUUUGAAUGCUUUUUUUUACCAGAGUGGAAGAGAUAGAAGCAGGUGUGUCUUAGAUUUGCCUUCCUCUGUCCUCCCAUCUAUACUUCCUUUUUUCUUACUCGUUCUUCCUCUCUGAGGUGCUGCCAUCAUCAGCACAGCAGGAGGACUGCAAGUUUUGCUGCCAAUUGAAAACAACAUCAUAUUGGAAGAUUUUUUUUUUUUGCCAAUGUAAUUAGAUUGUUUUUAAAUCAAAGCUCCAUCAAACACUGAAGCUUUCAUUUCUAAAGCAGACACAUUCCUUCAGCGUGAUUGUACAGGUGAUUGUUGCAGUAGUUUUUGUUUUCUGUGUUUCAAAUGAAAUUAAUUUUCUAUACGAUGAAGAUUAUUUACUGUUUUAAUUCACUUUUCUCAGGAUUAAUAAAAAGAUGGCUGCUUGUGCAUUUCAGGGUAAAGUCCCUCCUGGCUGGUGCCUGUAUAGAAGGGUUCACAUUAGCUGCCGUUGUGGGAUGUAGAGGACAGGUUGUAUGAAAAGAAUGUAGAUGAAUGAGCUGAACAAGAUUAUUGUGUCAUCUGUUAACAGAUGGAGCGUUGUGGGGGAGAGAUUGAUUAUCUGGAUGUGUAUAGUUCUUGCAGCAGCAUUUACAUAAAGGUAUAGUCUGGGGCUGAGAGAAUAGCUUUUUAUCAACCUGAUUGUAUCACACUUUUAUUCUGUUUCCCCCGACUUGUUGCUUUGGCACUGACUUGUGACACCAUUUGCAAGACGACCACUUCAAGCGUGUCUUUUCAUUCAGAUUUUCAUUCCAGCACAAUUGUCCUUUUCACAUUCUCACUUGUUCUGUUCUGUCCCGUCUUGAAAUUCAGACACUUGCAGUCAUUGAAGAAAUGACAAAAUCUGUUCAAAACCACUCAAAAGCAGUUUGGAGGAAUCCUCUCGAUGAAAAACGUGGUUGCUUUAAAUGUGAUUGUGGAUUUAGCUUUCAUUGAUUUUACUUGCAGUUCAGAUUAUUUGUAUAUGCAGAGGAAUCGAUUGAGGAGAACUAGAGAUUUUAAUUUUAUUGUUGCUUGUUGCUGUUAACUGAAAUUUACCAGAGCCAGCCGUCACUUUGUGUCAGCCAUCCAUCAUCACUGUUCUGUCCUUUCUUCUCCUACUGAUGGGAGUUUUCUCAAGGAACAUUUCUUACCUAUGUUACACCUUUUUGAUUUUCUGUUAUUGCAUUAAAAAUGUGCCUACUCAGAGCAGUGUGACUGAA